AUGUCCUCCUCCACCGACCCUCUUCUCACCAAAUCCACUUCCACCGAAUCCGUCAAACCCAUCCCGUCCGGCUCAGCCUUCGCCAUAAAUGCCCUCGCUCUGGGCCGUAUCGGCUUGGGCGUUGCCUCACUUGUCGCCCCGACUCUGACCUUGGCCCUAUUCAAGCUUCCCAUCCCAGCUAACAUGACGCUAAUCCCGCGCAUGUUCGGCGGACGAGAGCUUGUGAUCGGUGAAUGGACGUGGAUGGCCAAGGACGAUGCCGAGGAUGUGCAGAGGAAGGGCUUGAAGACUGCGAUGAGGCUGAACACUAUCUCGCUAGUGUGGGGUAUGGAGUAA